CGUUUCAGUUCUCGGGCAGGUGUCAAGCGACGUACACACGAAACGCCGACGCGGUCACAAUUCCAGAAUAUCAUAUACAUGCUAUAUAUGUGUAUGCUCGAGUGGCUAAUUUACAUACGCGUUCCGACCCGUCUCUUUACCUGAACCUGAGCUGUCUGUACUACACUCUUUCACAUUUCCUUACGGGGGAAGCUAGUGUACGAAGUCACAACAAAUUUUCAAGACAUAUAUUCUCGGUACAUAAAUAUAUUUCUGUAUCCAAACAACGAUCGCCAUGCUGGACCCCAUUUCGGACGCACCGCUGGUCUUGGCCUACGCCUUUAUGUCGCUGCUGGUGCUCAUUCUGUGCUUCAUACUGGUCAAUGUGGUCCACAAGCUGUAUCGCAGUCUCAACGGCGAGGUAUCAGCGGGUCUGGUUUCCCCGGCACAGCAGCUGAAGACCUCCAUCAUGGAGCUAGACGCCAUGAAAACCGGUUAGGAUGGGUGCAGCGCAGCUGGCGAUGAGAGGCGCGAGAAUCUCAAGUCUCAGUCUCCGAUGUCAGAGCUCCGGUUUUAAUUCGGGCGAUUGGAGCGAUGUACGAGGAACGACAGCUGCUGACCACCCACACGCACGAACCACACAACCUAGACGCCUGUUGAUAUAUUAAGCUAUGCAAUUAGUCUAGACGUAAAUAAAUACACGAAACUAGGCUUACGAGUAGAAAUUAACUACAUUAAACGCGCUGGUCCUCUAGUCACUUAAUUGUUCCCUAAGGUUAGGUUACAUGUACAUUGAUAUUGUAAAUAAAAUAACGUGAACGAUA